GGCGGCCUUCCUCAGCGGUCCUUCCAGCCUCCCCCAGUGCCCACCCUGCUGGGCAGCUGCCACGUGGCGACACGGUCACGGGCAGAUGGCAUGUGACCAGUCCGUCCUACAGGUGCCCUGGCCUCCCAGAGCCCCCGCACUGCCCACAGGCCCCAGGUGCCUGCUGGGCCCUGAGGCUCACUGCUCCUCUCGCCCCCCGGCCCUCCUCAUCCUCACCCGCUCAGAAUUUGGUCUCCCUGAGCCUCCCUUUCAGGGUGCCACAGGCAGGGCUGCAGAGUGGCCCCAGGCUUACCCGUGAGACCCGCAAUGGCGCCGGGUCCCUGCAUGCCCCACCCCCCAGGCCCGGCCCCUGCACACCGAAGGCGCCCUCCUCCCCUGGCUGUGGUCGUGGGCGGUGAGCUUUCAGUGCUCUCCAGCGGCCUCUGCUCGUUCUGGGUGGGGGAGUGGGUUAGCAGGGCCUGGUGAUGGGUGCUUCUCCCCACCACGCAGAGUCUGUGCAAGUGACGCCCGCCCCUGCUGCGGGGUGAACCGGGGCUGUGGCCCCACGGCAGGCCAAUCGCUUGAGGCACUAGACAAGUCCUUUCCUAAGGGCCGCAGCCCACACACGUUGGUGGGUACACGAGUCUUGGGGCCCACGCUGGGCCAAACCGUGCAGUGAACCAAGGGGACCCUGGGGCGCUGGCCUGGGGAGAACUGCUCCCUUGGCUUCCUGCUGCUGCUGCUGCAGUACCCUCUAUACCAGCUGGGUAACCCCCAGCUCCGCAUCUUCCGAACAAACUUCUUCAUUCGGCUGGUGCGGCCCGGCACGGCCCAGCCCGAGGACACCGUGCAGUUCCGGAUCCCCAUGGAGAUGACCAGGGUGGACCUCCGGAAUUACCUCGAGCGUAUCUACAACGUGCCUGUGGCCGCCGUGCGGACAAGGGUGCAGCAUGGUUCUAACAGGAAGAGGGACCACAGGAACGUCAGGGUGAAGAGACCAGACUACAAGGUGGCCUAUGUGCAGCUGGCCCACGGACAGACCUUCACGUUCCCCGACCUGUUUCCCGAGAAAAAGCAGAGCCCCGACGGCAGCCCCAGCGGUGGCGACAUCCAGGACAAGCUCCUAGAGGAGCAGCGGCAGCGGCAGCAGCAGAGCCAGGAUCCCCGGCGCGGCGGCGUGCCCGGCUGGUUCGGCCUGUGACGGCCGCAGUAAAAUCCCACGUGUGGAGCAAA